AUGCCGUUCAAAAUACUAAAAAGGUGCACAAAGACAAACGCUCGCACAUCAACACUCAUCCUCAAUCACCACAGCGCAUCUCUUCCCACCUUCAUGCCGGUCGCUACGCACGGCAUUCUGAAAGCAAAACAUGUGUACGAGGAUGAAAUAAUACUGGGCAAUACGUUUCAUCUGAGGAACUUGAACAGGGACUUGCACGAUUUUAUGGGGGUGAAAGGAGGGAUGCUCACUGAUAGUGGAGGGUUUCAGAUCAUAAGUUUGAGAAAUAGUGUGAAUGAGGAUGGUGUGGUUUUUUUGGAUUAUAGCUGUGAUGGCAGGAGGAUAAGUGAUGUUGAGAAUGAUGGAGGUGCUGAGAAUGAUGGAGGUGCUGAGAAUGAUGGAGGUGCUGGGAAUGAUAGAGGUGCUGAGAAUGAUAGAGGUGCUGGGAAUGAAGGAGGUGUUGAGAAUGAAGGAGGUGCUGGGAAUGAAGGAGGUGCUGAGAAUGAUGGAGGUGCUGAGAAAGCACAUCACAGCUGUGGUGGUAGUGCGGUGGAUAAUCUGCAGUACUGCAGGAACGUGUACUGCUUAAACACGAAGUGCACAGGCUGUACAUUCACGCUCACCCAAAAGACGGCAUACCUCAGCAGUGCACCCAACACAGCAUUGCAGAAACACUUCCUGCUUACGCCCGAGAAGAGCAUAGCAAUACAAAACGUGCUAAAUUCUGACAUUGCCAUGCAGCUGGAUGAUGUAAUACGACCAUGCUCACCCAAAAAUAGGCAUCUAACGGCCGUGAAGAGAAGUAUUAGGUGGCUGGACAGGUGCUUGGCGCACACGCAGAACAGCACACAACUGCUGUUCCCUAUCGUGCAGGGCGGUCUGUUCAACGAUCUGAGAAUGCUCAGUGUUGAUGAAAUCGUACGUAGAGGAGCGCAGGGCAUUGCUAUUGGCGGGUUGUGUGGCGGUGAGGAUAAAAAGAUGUUCUGUGACGUUGUGUUUAGCACGGUGAAUUACAUCAGGGAAAGGAUUGAAUGCCCUGUUUAUGUGAUGGGUGUUGGUUAUCCGGAGGAUAUCGUUGUUAGUGUUAUGUUGGGCAGUGACAUGUCGGAUUGUGUGUAUCCCACGCGUACUGCUCGGUUUGGCAGGAUGUUUACGGAUUAUGGAGAUAUUAACGUUAAUUCGUUCGUGGAUGAUGGUUUAAAACGUACAACGAGUGCUAACUCUUCGAAAGACCCUUCAAGUCAUACAAGAAAUGCUAAUCAUUCAAAGAACCCUUCCAAUCACACAAGAAAGCGUGCGUACACCGGUACGGUAAUUCGUAACGGCGCGGUUUACAACGGAUGCGAAUGCCAGACCUGCACACGCUUUUCCAUAAAUUAUCUAAAAAUGAUACGUAACACACCUAAUUUUUGCAUAUUAAUGACAGAGCACAAUCUGUUCUACCUAAGAGGACUGAUUAGUAGGAUGAAAAGAGGAAUUGAGAACGGUACGCUGGACGUAUUUAUAAAGGAAUGGAUGAUGAAAAGGUUUGGAGGGGAUGUGCCUGAUUGGGUUAAGCAUGCCUAUAAUUUGGUGAAUAUAUGA